AUGAACACAACAGAGCACGGUGCAUACCAGCAUGGCAAGAGCGCGGGGGUAAGAGAUGGAGAAGAUAUUGGAAAAGCUGGAGAUGCGCAGGCUAUCGCAGGACACGAUGGUGAACAGAGGGGCCUUCCGCCAUUGAAGGCGCUGUCGUUCCUCGAUCGGUUCCUCGUCGUAUGGAUUGUACUUGCCAUGGGGAUCGGCAUCGCGCUUGGGAAUACAGUCGACUCUGUAGGACCUGCGUUGCAAAAAGGCGAGUUCGUGGGUGUCAGUAUACCCAUAGCAAUUGGACUGCUCGUCAUGAUGUACCCAAUUCUUUGCAAGGUCCGCUACGAAACGCUGCAUCUGCUCUUCAACUCGAAAGAACUCUGGAUUCAAAUCGCAGUCUCAUUUGUCUUGAAUUGGAUCAUCGCCCCGCUAUUCAUGGUUGGCCUUGGCUGGGCGUUUCUGCCAGACCGCCAGGAUCUGCGCGAGGGACUAAUCUUCGUGGGCAUCGCGAGAUGCAUUGCCAUGGUGCUUAUCUGGACUGAUCUCGCACAGGGCGACGGCGACUACUGCGCAGUUCUUGUCGCCUUCAACUCGAUACUACAAAUCAUCCUGUUUGCGCCUUUCGCCGUAUUCUACAUCCAGGUUGUCAGCCAUGGCGAAAAGACGGCCGUCUCAUACCAAGGCGUUGCGAAGAGUGUCGGGGUAUUCCUUGGUAUACCCCUUGGAGCAGCGGUCGUUACUCGGCUGGCUUUAAGGACCCUACUUGGAGAAGCACGAUACCAACGGCGCUUCAUCCGAUAUAUGGCGCCGUUCUCCCUCAUUGGCUUGAUUUACACCAUCAUCGUUCUCUUUGCAAGCCAGGGCGCGCACGUUGUCCGGCAAAUCACCGACGUUCUUCGUGUUUGCGCACCGCUACUCGUCUACUUCCUAGUCAUCUUCACAAGCACAGUUUGGUUCUGCUGGAAGAUGGGCUUUGGGUACAAGGUCAGCUGUACACAAAGUUUUACUGCUGCAAGCAAUAACUUUGAACUCGCCAUUGCGGUAGUGGUAGCCGUGUAUGGUGCUGGCAGUGGACAAGCUCUGGCAAGUACCGUCGGGCCUCUGAUUGAAGUCCCGGUCCUUGUACUACUUGUGUACGUCUUGAAGUGGAUCCGGGCGAGGUGGCAAUGGGUCUAG